AUGGACUUGCAGAAUAGUAGGGUUCCUAACCCUCCACCGUCCCAAUCGGCGGAACUCUCCACGCCAACAUCUGAUGCAUCUUAUUCGAUGCUACAGAAUGCCCAGCAUGUACCCUCAUCUAACAGCUUCGACUUCUACGGAGUACAAGCGAACAAUUCGAUGACAUCUGUUGCUCCAGUGAUCACACACCCGUCACAAGCCAUCUCUGCUGGACUUCUCACUCAACCUGGAGAGUACUCACAAAGUCUACAAACGGCGGGCCAAUUUGGUGGGACACAGUUUCAUUCUCAACAAAUGCCGUUGAGCAACGCUUCUAUGUGGAACACAGCUUCACUAUUCCUCAAUAACUUUGGAUCAGCCAGUAAUCCAAUGACCGCCCUGCGCAAUGGGGUGAUCGGAUAUCCAGAUUUGGCUCCUGCUCCUACCUCUGCUCCUCCCAAGCCUGCACCAAUAGCAAAGACACUAACUGAGGCAUCUACGCCAUCUGUGGUGCAAGUAGCUCCUGGUACUGCUACAUCGGCCUUGUCUGAUCUUACCUACAACAAGCCGAAUGGCAGUCAAACCCUUGCAAUUCAGGCGCAACCCGUUCUUCCUGCACCAAAUUUAUCUAUCAAUCCUACCAUCACACAGAAGCAGUCCACUCCAUUGAAAUCAUCACCAGGAAAAACUAGCGUCAAGAGCCGUAAGCGAAGAAUCAAGCGAAAGCGUGCCCACGACAGCGAAGAUGAAAUCAAAGCCCAUGACUCCAGUUCAGAUGAUGAGUCAGAAGAUAUGUUACCGUCCGCGAGGCAAACAAAGUCUGGUCGUCAGGUCAAUCGGCCAACAUUCUUCGCUCCAUCGCCGGAGCCUGUUUCGGUUUCAAGGCAAAAGUCGUCCCCUUCAGGUACGGCGACUGCGACCCCCGCAAAGAGGCGCAGGAAAGUAUAUCGCAAGAACGGAAAAGAAAUCAAUGUCACUUGUCGACACUGCCAGAGAGGCCAUAGCCCUGUCACCAACAUGAUUGUCUUUUGCGAUGAGUGCAACGACGCAUAUCAUCAGUAUUGCCAUGAUCCUCCCAUCAAACAAGAGCUCAUUGAUGAUAAGGAUGCAGAGUGGUUUUGCAGUGAAUGCCGGCCUGAAACGCGACACCGAGUUUUAUUGAAGCUGAAACUGCCACCUCAGCAAGAGAAUACUCCGUCAAUUACAUCACCGAUAUCAUCUGUUCCUCUUGUCUGUGGCGAGCAGUUUACAGCAGAAGAACAACGCGGUUACCUGUCAUCUCUCUCACAUGCGGCCCUCGUUGAUAUGCUAGUCACGCUUUCUAAAGCAAACCCCACUCUACCAGUAUUUCCCGAGAACUUGAAGGAUCUACAACGAUCAAAGUUUGCCGUCACAACCGCAACCACAAUCCACGCUGCAAGUGAGUUGACGGAAGAAGUGACCAUGGAAACCAAGGAUGCAGCAAGUCCUAGCGUGGACGAAGAAGAUUCUGAUGCAGAUUCUGACUCUGGUUCGGAAUACGAAGUAGAAGAGCAUCGCCUAUAUCCGCGGUCUGGAAACGGAUUUCAUCUACCUCCAGAGGAAGAUGACUUUGAUAUACUACUGGAUGAUCCUGCGUGCCCUACAUUUAGCUACACACUGCAUAGCUAUUCUCAGGCGAAUUCUCUCGCCGAUAAGAUCCCCAUAGUACAAGUUGGAGGCUAG